UCUUUCCUUCAGGUGAGUCUUGGGCUCCUUCUCUGGGCCAUUCCAGGCAGAACCUCAAUAUCACUCCAAAUACAGAGCUCUGCCAUGGCUACUGGGGAUGAUGGGCACGGCCUGAAGGAAGUGCUGGUCACUUUUAAGAAAUGCCUAAUGGACAAUCAAGAGAUCCUUCUGGAUCCGUACUUAGAAGGCUGGAAAGGCCUUGUGAGGUUUCUGAACACCAUGGGCUCGAUCUUCUCCUUCAUCUCCAAAGAUGUUGUGACCAAGAUUCAAAUCAUGGAGGAAUUCCGGAGUAGCAACCAGAAGGAUAACUACGUAAGCCUUCAAUCCAUGGUGAAUUAUGAGGUCUCCAACGACCUGGUGGACUUGAAGAAGCCCGGAGACCACCCUACGUCCGGCUGCCGGACCAUCUUGCGCCUCCACCGGGCGCUGCGCUGGCUGCAGCUCUUCUUGGAGGGCUUGCGGACCAGCGACUCGGACUCCCGGACGUCGGUGCUGUGCGCGGACGCCUACAACGCCUCCUUGGCGAACUACCACCCGUGGAUCAUCCGCAAGGCCACCAUCUUGGCCUUCUACACCUUGCCCACCCGGGAUGCCUUCCUGGAGAACAUGAAGGUGGGCACCCACGAGGAGACGGUGGAGAUGCUGGGAGAGGCCUUGCCCAGCAUCUGCAAGGUCUACGACGUCACGCAAGCGCUCUAUGCCCAACACAAUCUUCUUGACCUCCCGUGAAGCACCCUUCCACAUCCACCUCGGCUCGAAAUCAGAAAUCCCAUUGCUGUAAAAUCAGCCUUGUCCCCUUCUUAUGUUUUCGACUUCACCUCCCAUCAGCCCCUGCCAGUAUAAUACGGCAAGCGAUCAGGAAGGAUGGGGUUGAUAGUCCAAAACAUCCCGAAGGCAGCAGAUCGGAGAAGACUGUUCUGAUCAGAGGGCAUUUUCUUAUAAAAACAAACCUUGCACUUACAGUUGGCUUUAGGACCGUUCUCUCCCAACCUUGCUUUGAACAUCCUCCAAGCAAACAUUUGGUCUGGAGGCUUGGGAGUUGUAGUACAAUAGAGUCUCGCUUAUCCGACCUUCGCUUAUACGACAUUCUGUCUUAUCCGACGCUCUUUUUCCUCCAGCAUUUCCCCUUCAGUUAAAGGAGCGCUCCCCAACUCUCUCUCCAUUCCCAAUAAGUGAAAAAGGCAAGACAAAGAGGAGGAGAAGGAUAGAGGAAAGGGGGAAAAGAUUCAGGACCGGAAGCGGAAGCGUCCUCCCUCCUUCCCUCUGUGAUUUCCACGUUCCUCUUCCGCAUCCGGGCACUUCCGUCUGGGCCUCUCUAGUCCUGGGGCGUUGCCUUGCCUUAACUCUUUGAGUCACCUUUGUUAGUAUUCUAGGUGUCUAGCACCGCGUCGGACCGCUAACAGGAGGAGACUCCGUAUCAUCCGAUAUUUUCGUUUAUCCGACGUUCCCCCAGCCAGUGUAUGUCGGAUAAGCAAGAUUACUGUAUUUUCACUUUUAUUAUGUGUAUAGAUGUGUAUUUUGAUCUGGACCAAAUGUGAAACAGUAGGAGACUCCGUUUAUGUCGGAUAAGUGAGACUCUACUGUCUUCCAAACAUUUGGAAGUUGGGUACUGUUGCUGAAAAGUCUCGCAUACAAUCUCUGUAUCUGUUUACAUUUUCAGAUCGUUUCAGUAAUCCAUGCACGGGCUUUUGCUCUCUUGACUCUCAUGUUUGCACAGCUUCUGGGAGUUAAAUAUCUAAAGAAUUCCCACCCAAAAAAUAAUCAGAACUUUACUAUAUCUGUGUAUGCUGGAGAAAUAAUUUGUGUUGUUAGGAUCUAGAGCAGGAAUGGGUAAACCCAGGCCCACGGGCCAGAUGUGGCCCCUUGGGCUCUGUUCUCAGGCCCUCCUCUCUGUUACCAUCCCCUCCUUCCUUCCUCUCUUUCCUUCCUCUUUCCCACCCUCCCUCUUUCUCCUUCUAUCAUUCCCUUUCAUCCUUCCUUAUCUUUCCUUCCUCCUUCCCUUCCUUCCUUCCUUUCUCCCUUACCUCCCUUUUGUCUUUCUUUCCUUCUCUUUACUUCAUCUUUCUCUUCCUUCCUUCCACCCUUCCACCCUUUCGUCCUUCCUUCCUUCUCUUUCCUUCCGCCUUCUCUUCCUUCCCUUCCACCAUUUCAUCCUUCCUUCUAUUUCCUUCCUUCCUUCCCUUCCUUCCUUCCCUCCCUUUUGUCUUUCUUUCCUUCUCUUUCCUUCGUCUUUCCCUUCCUUCCUUUCUUCCCUUCCACUCUUUGUCUUUCCUUCCUUCCUCCUUCACUUCCUUCCUUCCCUACCUUUUAUCUUUCUUUCCUUCUCUUUCCUUCCUUCUUUCUUCCCUCCCUUUCUCCUUCCUUCUCUUCCACCCUUUCAUCCUUCCUUCCAUCUUUUCUCCCUCUCGCCAUCUUUCUCUUUCCUUCCUUCCAUUUUCUUUCCUUCCUUCUCUUCCUCCCUUUCUUCCCUCCUUCUCUUUUUCCUUCAUCUUUCCCUUCCUUCCUUCCAUCCAUCCAUCCUUCCCUUCCACCCUUUCAUCCUUCCUUCCCUUUUGUCUUUCCUUCCUUCUCUCUUUCCUUUAUCCUUCCCUUCCUUCUUUCCAUCGUUCUUUUCCUCCCUUUCUUCACUCCUUCUCUUUUUCCUUUGUCUUUCCCUUCCUUUCAUCCAUCCAUCCAUCCAUCCUUCUCUUUCAUCCUUCCUUCCCUUUUGUCUUUCCUUCCUUCUUUCUUUCCUUUAUCUUUCCCUUCUUUCCAUCCUCUUCUUCCUCCCUUUCUUCACUCCUUCUCUUUUUCCUUUGUCUUUCCCUUCCUUCCAUCCAUCCAUCCCUUCCACCUUUCUCUUUUGACUGCUUGGAGUGCUGUUCUGCAACUUACACAAAGCCUUAAAGGGAAAGGCAGAGCCGUGUUGUGGGACGUUGUAUAUUGUCAUAACUCUAUGGCGCCAAAUUAGCGGCAUAAUCCACAGCGUGGCGGGGACAACGCUCUUAUCAUGUUUGGUAUGCUGGACGCUCAAAUAAUUGUUUCCAAACGUCUCUUGUGUUGUUCGUCAUGUUGGCAAAGGGAUUCUGGGAGUUGCAGUCCAAACUCAGGGUGACGGACAACGAAUUAAUCACAGGGAUUGCAAGGAAAUGCAAAUGGAGCCAAUGAACCUUGGAGGAAGCAACAUUGGCUAAACGUCAAAGUCGGAACACAUCUUUGAAAAAUAGUAUUUCCUGCAACCUUUCCAUUGCACACGCCGUAUUUUUUAGAAUCAUGACAAUCUAGGGCCAGUUUCAGGACCAAAUCAAAACCAUGUGUUGUCUGUUAUGUCUUUGUGUGACGUCUUUCACAAUUCAGCUUCAAUCACCAAUGGCUGUAUGGAAGGGAAGAAGGUGGCGGGUGGUGUAGAAGCAGGCUGCCAAAAAAUAUUUGCACAAUUAUAUUAUGGGUUGGAAGCAUGCACUGUGAUUUUCUAUCUCACGACAUUUGGAUUGAAAUAAAUGUUUUCAGUCAUGCA